AUGGCUAAAAGGAAGAGACAAGCCGUGAACGGAAACGAUUCCGCCGCAGCUAACCCUGUCCCGUCCAAGAAAUCCAAGGCAGCCGACACCAACCCGAAAUCUAAACCGUCCUCACCACAUCAUCCCGAAACCAUCCAGAUCAUUGUCGGAUCUUAUGAUCAAGUUCUGCACGGCUUAACUGCCACCAUUUCCGACGACAAGGCCGAAUUUGCAGAUACCUUUCUCUUCAACGCACACAACUCCGCUAUCCGAUGCGUGGCAGUGUCGCCUCCCUCCGCAGCGGUCCCCGGACAAACACAAAAGGUGCUUUUGGCAUCUGGAAGCACGGACGAGCGAAUCAACAUCUUCAAUUUAUCGGCGCACCCUCCUAGUCGGAAAAACCAAGAUCUUCUCGCCAAGAUUGCGCCGCGGCCUAUUCUUGAGAAUUCCAAGAACAGAGAACUGGGGACCUUGUUCCACCAUACUUCGACAAUAACUGCGCUUCGCUUCCCGUCGAGAUCAAAACUUCUCACUGCCAGUGAAGACUCUACCAUUGCGAUUGCCAGAACAAGGGACUGGUCUGUAUUGAGUACCAUCAAGGCGCCUAUUCCCAAGGCUCAAGGCAGACCGAGUGGUGAUACGGCGGCAUUUGGGGCAACGCCUUCGGGUGUGAAUGACUUUGCCAUUCAUCCUAGUAUGAAGUUGAUGAUCAGUGUGUCCAAGGGCGAGAAAUGCAUGCGUUUAUGGAAUUUGGUCACUGGCAAGAAGGCCGGUGUGUUGGGCUUCGGCAAGGACAUGCUGCAGGAGAUUGGAGAGGGACGGCAUUCUACAGGGGAAGGGAGAAAAGUCGUCUGGGGAAAUGUCGAUGGUGCGGAUGAAUUUGCCGUAGGGUUCGACCGUGACGUGGUGGUCUUUGGGAUGGACAGCGUGCCCAAAUGUCGCCUUAUGACGGGGCAGAGAACCAAGGUCCAUCAAUUUACCUAUGUCAGCGCCGACGAAAGGUCGCUUCUGGCGGUCGCUACCGAAGAUGGACGGAUACUCUUCUUUUCCACCAAGGAGGACGAUUUAUCACCGCCAGAGGAAGUCAAUGGGAAGAAGGGGACCCUGUCCAGUGCCAAGUUGGUAGGCUUUGUAGGUGGGAAAGCAGAGGGCAUAUCUGGCCGGAUAAAAGAUAUCGUGAUCUUGCCAAGCGAGGUUAACCAGGGGACGUUGUACUUGGUGGGAGCAAGCAGUGAGGGCAAAGUCCGGGUGUGGACACUACAAGCAAAGGAUUUGGUUGCGGCCGCUACGAAGGAUAAGACGGGCGAGAAUCCAAUUGGGAAAUUGGCUGGCACAUUUGAGUCGGAGAAUCGCAUUACGUGUUUGGCGGGAUAUGUGAUGAUUCCUCGGCCAGACGGUGCGGAGGAUAGUGAAGAAGAGGGCCCGGAAAGUGAGGUUGAGGAGAAGGACGGCGACGACGACGACGACGAUAAUAGUAGUGAAGAUGGAGAUGAGUAA